UUAUAUUAUGUUAUAUGUCAGGGGGUUAUAUUAGGCAGCAAGUCUGGGCUCAAAGUUGAUAUGUUGUAAACAGGAAAAAUGGGCAAGCGUUAAGUUCUGAGCGAUUUUGACUAGAACCAAAUUGUGGUGUCUAGUCAACUGGGUCAAAGAAUUGAAAGAACAAAGAACUGCAAGGCUUGUGGGGUCUUCCUGAUUUGCAGUGGUUAGUACCUAAGGAAGGGACAUUGAUGUGCUUGAAGGCUAUCCUGUCUGGACAAUCACCCUGUGCAAUGCAUCCUAAUGGUGGAAUGGUGGAUCAGUAACUGCCCCAGCUCUGAAUGAGCUAGCUGACACUGGACAAGCAGUCAUGUUAAUAAAAUAAAUGUGGAACCUUUUAUACCCAGCAGGUUUUGAGGUAAAACACAGGCAGGUUUGCAGACACAGAGGGGAAGCUGGCAUUUCUAGGAUCAGCAUUCCUUGAUGGAAGUGGGACACUGCACCACAGGCCUCCCACAAUCAUGUAGGAAUAUACCAUGUACCAGUGAGUAUUCAAGGGUGUUAACCUUGGCGUUGGUGGUCUCAGGGUGUAACCGAAUCAUUGUCCAUACAAGUCUGAUUCACUGCUGGUCAAAGGUAAAGGGGAAGAUGUGUGCUGUAGGAGACAUGUACACAUUCACAUUGGAUCUAAGUGCAUUCUCACCAGAGCAAGUGAUCGUUACUUCUUCACAUAACCUCAUUCACGUUUCUGCUGAGAAGAUGGAAUCAGACGGGACAAUCGUGAAUACAUUUUCACAGAAAUGCCAGUUUCCAGCAGAUGUAGACCCAAUGUCAGUGACCUCUUCCUUGGGGAACAGUGGCACACUGAUGGUUAGUGCAUGUAAACAGAAAGCUAAAGGUUAGACAAUGAAUAAUUCAAAUUCAAUGUACAGUGCAAGUGUGGACUAGGUCUCUACAACAUUUGCAGAUUUAUAAGUUUCACUCAUAUUAUAGUCAAGUGGUCUUUAAAUUGAUUUUUUUCUUGAAUGUUUUUGUUUGUUGUGAUUAAAAUGGUAAUCUAUGAAAUCCAGAUAAUUAUACAUUACUAUCUCUUGGGAAUUUGACUGUGCUUGUAAAAGGUUUCACAUUUAAUGGAUGUUAUUCAUGUUAUAUUUGUGUAAUUUGCAAGCUAUAUGUGUGAGGUUUAUAUACAUUCAAAUGAUAAGAGGAUAUUUGUUGUUCAACAUGGGCAACUUUAUUGUACAUGAUUUGGAAAAUGAAUAAAAUAAAUACCAAUUCAUCAAUAAUUGUC